UGCAUUCCCUAUUUAUCGCGCCAUACACUCCCACGCAUUUCAAGUUUCCUCCGCCAUGGCGCCCACUCUUUCCUGCUGCCGCUGCGGCUUCGAGCCAGAUACUAUUCCAUAUUGCGUGGGCGGUGCAUCAUACAAAUUCCACUGCUUUUGCUGCGCCAAAUCUCCCCCGAAAUAUUGCGCCUUCUGUGGCACGCCCGGAGACCUGAAUUCUUUAAAAGAUCUCAACAAGAAACACAGUAAGUGCUUCAAGGGCCUGCACUAUUUCGUUUACGCUGAACCCUGGCGCGAGAUCGCGAACCCGGAUUUGCUAGGCCGUCCCUCGCUGAAACAGCUUCAACCCGAAGUCGAUCGGCCGGUCUCUAUUUCCAGCCAUGUGAGGGAGGAGGAGGCGCAGGAGGCGCAGGAGCCCCAGAACACCCUGACAGAAGAGCCACUUUUGGAUCUGGUGAUCUCGAAAGUCAGAACUUUGAACGAGCAUGAGUUCAACAUCGAUGCGCAGGAUUCUCAAGAAACAGUAGAAGUCAUGCGGGAUAGGAAGGAACGGAGUAAGGUAGCUCCCGACAUGAAACCUCCGACGGAGAAAGAGCCAAAGUGGGUGACCACCAAGGAGGUGCUUUCCUGGCCGCGGUGCCCGCGAUGCGAAUGUGUGCACACCACCAAUUCUGGCUGGAUCAAACACGCACAGGAGUGCGCCCAGGACCCCAAUUACAACAAGCCCACGUUCUUCAUGUACUGCCACACAAAGGGAUGGUGCAACUAUCUGGUCCGGGAUAGUCUGUGGGAAAAGCACAGUAAUCCAUCUACUGGCUCCUGCGACAUUUGCAAAAGUUUUAGCCGCCAGUUAAAACCUCUUCCCUUCAUGCCGGAGCCGCCGCCACGUCCGAACGAGGCCGCCUUGGCCAAAAGGAGGCGCCAAAACUAUCGCACAAGAAAACGAAAGCAGCGGGAGCUUUAAUAUUAAUUCGCGCAAGUUAAUCCUUUAUGAAUAAGGCCUUUGUGCAGGCACAGUAGGUUUCUUUUUAUUUA